UGUCAUAGCGUGUGUAAGUUUGUGUCGCCGACAACGCGAGAAUCUCGCGACACUUUCGGCCUCCACGUCACUCCGUUUGCAGACCUGACGUUCAGCUGCGUCGUGAUGUUGUUAUGUAGAUUUUAGACACUAAAACAGCGGAGUUUUAUUGUUUUUGCGGAGAUUACACUCCGUCAGUCCGCUGAGGGAACAGUCACACCGUCACCGACCCGGGACAGACACCACAAAACCCCGGUUAAACUGCUGCUGCUGCUGCGGGGAAAAUGUCUGCGGGCUCCGGGGGCAGAAACACGAACACGGAACCGUGGGGGAGCUUUGACGACAAUCUCGUUCAGGGCGGUGGCUCGGCAGUCAUCGACAUGGAGAACAUGGAUGACACGUCGGGCUCCAGUUUUGAGGACAUGGGGGAGAUGCACCAGAGGAUGAAGGAGGAAGAGGAGGUGGCAGCGGAGGCGGCUGCCACUGAGGAGGACAAUGCCGAGGAUGGAGAGUUUCUGGGCAUGAAGGGGUUAAAGGGUCAGCUUGGCCGACAGGUGGCCGAUGAGGUGUGGCAGGCGGGGAAGCGUCAGGCUUCCAGAGCCUUUAACCUUUAUGCCAACAUCGACAUCCUGAGGCCGUACUUUGAUGUGGAGCCGGUCCAGGUCCGAAGCAGGCUGAUCGAGUCCAUGAUACCUGUCCGCAUGAUCAACUUCCCACAGAAGAUCGCAGGUGAGCUGUAUGGUCCUCUGAUGCUGGUUUUUACUCUGGUGGCCAUCCUGCUGCAUGGGAUGAAGACUUCCGGAACCGUCAUCAGGGAGGGCACUCUGAUGGGCACCGCCAUAGGAACAUGUUUUGGUUACUGGCUCGGUGUUUCCUCCUUCAUCUACUUCCUCGCAUACCUGGUCAACGCUCAGAUCACUAUGCUGCAGAUGCUGUCCCUGCUGGGUUAUGGUUUGUUUGGUCACUGCACCGUCCUCCUUAUCACCUACAACAUCCACUUCCACUUCCUGUUCUACGUCCUGUGGCUGCUGGUUGGAGGACUGUCCACUCUGCGUAUGGUGGCGGCUCUGCUGUCUCGUACGGUCGGUCAGACUCCUCGUCUCCUCCUCUGUGGGACUCUGUCGCUGCUUCACAUGCUCUUCCUGUUCUACCUGCACUUUGCCUACCACAAGAUCGUAGAAGGGCUGCUGGACUCUCUGGAAGGACCCAACAUGGCUCCCAUGCAGCGAGUGGCCAGAGACGUGCCUGAACUGACGCUCAACGCCACAGUGAGGAGCCUGGGGGCCUCACUGAAGGCCCACUGAGGCCCCCACACACUCAGAGACCCUGUCAGUCGUCUUUUAAAAGAGUGAAGUUUCCAUUUCAGAGUAAAUAUUCAUUGUUGGGAACCUAAAAUGACACUAUAAUCACAACUCAAAGGUCCGUGUAGAAUCUCAUCAGCGUGUGACAGCUGAGCUGAUGAAGACCAUGACUGCUCAGGAAAAAGCUAGCAAUUGGCCUUGGAGUGGAGAUGGUUUGUCAGACUUUCUGAUCCUGAGCUGCUGAUUCUGUGUUCAAAUCCUCUGAUGUUGACGCUUCACGUUAAUGAAGUCAGACUUAACGUUUUCUCUCUCAUCUCUUGUACAUUUUUUAUUCAGUCUAAGAUUUUGUUUUGGGUUUUAUGUCGUUCUCUUCAUGUUCAGAUGUAUUUAUAGUUUCUGUACAGAAACUCAAAUAAACUUUCUGGCCUUUGGCUGGAGUCACUCA